CUUGCCUUUCCGGUCACUGGCAAUCACCAGCUCUUUCGGGAUGAUCAUCAUCCACAGGGCCGAAGACCUCGACAAUUCGGCGAAGCACUGGCCAUCAUGUCCGUCGACACGGGUACUAUACUCAUCUCGCCAUACCACGAACAAAUCGGCCUCACGGCCCGGUGUUCAAAAUUGUUUUGAUGCGCGGCAGGGAAUAUCUUCCUCUCCGUCACCUCCUUACAAAAGCAAAGAGAUGCAGAAAUGCACAGGGAAAGCUUGCUGCUCUCAGCCCAGUUAGUGGCACGCAAGCACGCGAGAGCCAUGCCCUUCAUGCGAGGAAAAAAAAAAAGAAGGAAAAGGCCGGAAAAGCAAACAUUCACCCUUCUUGCCUGGUUUUUUCCAUGCAUCGUCCUGCAUCCUCAACGGUGCUUGCUUGCUUGUUAUUGCUCAUCCCCACCGCAUUCCAAGCUGUUGGCUCUGUGCAAUGGAAAAGAAAUGAGAACACGGGCAACGACGGGGAAAGAAAAACAUGGAAGUCCACGAGAAAGGAUGUUUGCUCCCCUAGUUACCAUCUUUGUACGACGGGUGCAAUAUCUAGCUGGAAGCGGACGGGAAGGGAUCACGCCUUUCUGUCCAUGCAUUUCUUUCCACGGCCAGGGACACACAUGUUUUUGACGUUGCGCUUCGUUGCGUUGAAGUAUUCGUCCGUAGCCUGGUGUCUAGAAGUAGGUAUGCGGAACGGCCGGCUGCAUGACGGGAGGUGGCAUGGAAAUAUGGAAUAUAUGGAAUGAAAAGUGUAAUUUGCUUUCUGGAGUGCAGAUCUUGGUGCAGGUCUUAUAUUAGAGAAGGCAUCCAGAAGCGGUCGAUAUGUUGUUCUCUUUGGCGAACUCCCCUUUUCGGAGGAAUGGUGGAUAUAAACUUAUUCUUAGCAUUGGCUACACUUCCCGAGAGGCUUAUGCUGUCAUGUUCGCUAGAUCAGGUCGUAACUGGUCGUUAGUUUGUGCGACUAC